ACUCCGGCGAGCUCCGGCCGAGGGGCUCCUUCCUCCCAGCGUGGCUGCUGAGAAGCGGACGCUGCUAGGAGUUUUAACCGGUGUUUUUCUCAUUUGUCAGGAUUAUACGUUAAGUAUCAGCUGGUUUGGGUACAGCUCUGCGUAUCGUGCGGCUGCGGGUUACGCCAGGGCAUCAGCUCUAGAGCCUUAGCUGCUGCCUCUUGGUUUACGCAUCCUCCAAACAAAUUUUAAGAUGAAAGUGUCACAGAUCCGGGGGCCCCUCCCUGACGGGAUCCAGCAGAGACACAGAGCCAGGGAGGGAAUGGAUCUAGCCAGCGGCAACCAUGAAUGAAUGGAUGAAGAAAGGCCCCUUAGAAUGGCAAGACUAUGCGUACAAAGAAGUCAGAGUGACAGCCAGUGAGAAGGAGUAUAAAGGAUGGGUUUUAACCACAGACCCAGUCUCUGCCAAUAUUGUCCUUGUGAACUUCCUUGAAGAUGGCAGCAUGUCUGUGACCGGAAUUAUGGGACAUGCUGUGCAGACUGUUGAAAUUGUGAAUGAAGGGGACCAUAGUGUGAGAGAGAAGCUGAUGCCUUUGUUCAUGUCUGGAGACUGCAAGGCAUACAGUCCUGAGGAUCUGGAAAAGAGAAAGAACGGCCUGAAGAAAUGGCUGGAGAAGAACCACAUCCCCAUUACUGAACAGGGAGCUUCACGAAGGACUCUCUGUGUGGCUGGGGUCUUGACUAUAGACCCACCAUAUGAUCCAGAAAAUUGCAACAGUUCUAAUGAGAUUAUUUUGUCCCGUGUUCAGGAUCUUAUUCAAGGACAUCUUGCAGCUUCCCAAUGAGAGGCCAAGAACUGUGGAUACACGGAUUGAAAUGACUUCAUUUUUUUAAAAUUCUUUGUUGUUUUUGGUAAAAUCAAAGAUGGUGAUUAUCAGUGCUAAUAAGUGAACGGGGCAAGGAUGAGUUACAAAAAUAAAAUUAACACAGGGACAUCAGAAUUAUGAGAGUCUUUUCUCUUGAUGGGGAUACACCACCAUUUCUGUGAAGGUAUGUGGAAAAGAUGUAACAUGUUAGAUUCAGUAUAAAAUGCUAAGGUAAAAU